GCGGUCAUGAUCGACUUCAAACUGGGGAUUGUGCAGCUCAGCUGGGUGGCCAGCAAGACAAAGUAUACGCUGAUAGGUGAACAAGACAUCCCAUUAGCGGAGAGUUACUCUUAUGAGGCUCGGAUGGAGGUAGAUGCUGAUGGAAAUGGUGCUAAAAUAUUUGCUUAUGCUUUUGACAAAAACAGAGGAUGGGGAUCUGGGCGUCUGCUGCACGAGCUACUGUGGGAGAGGCACCGGGGAGGGAUUGCCCCAGGAUUUCAAGUGGUGCAUCUGAACGCAGCGACGGUGGACAACCGAAUGGACAAUCUGUGUUUAGUCCCAUGGGGAUGGAGACCCAAAGUUGAAGAUGUUUCUAGUAAACAAAGGGAACAAACUCUGUACUGGCUGGCGAUCCAGCAGCUUCCCACAGAUCCAAUAGAAGAGCAGUUUCCUGUGCUGAAUGUAACGCAGUAUUACAAUGCUAAUGGGGAUGUUGUGGAGGAAGAGGAAAAUUCAUGCAAAUACUAUGAAUGUCACUACCUCCCAAGCAAAAUGACUGAAAAACAGUUAUGUGAAUUCAAUAUAUGUGGCUGA